AUGGAGGCGGCAGCGUCUCCGUCCAGUGGAAACUUUGAUCAGAACUCGCCGGAGGUCAGCGGGAGCAAAGGGUUCAUGCUGUUUGGAGUAAGAGUCAUGGAAGGAUCAUUUAGGAAGAGUGCUAGUAUGACUAACCUGGUUCAGUAUGAACAACCCCAUGACUCCAACAAUGAUGUGGCUGCCGGCUAUGCUUCCGACGAUAUUGUUCACCCUUCUGGCCGGAGUCACGAACGGAAAAGAGGAGUGCCAUGGACUGAGGAGGAACACAGGUUAUUUCUAUUAGGGUUGCAGAAAGUAGGGAAAGGGGAUUGGAGAGGUAUUUCAAGAAACUUUGUGAAGACACGUACGCCCACACAGGUUGCAAGCCAUGCUCAAAAGUACUUCCUCCGCCGGAAUAACCAUAGCCGUCGGCGCAGGAGAUCUAGUCUCUUUGACAUCACCACUGAUACGGUUUUGAAGUCAAAAACUGAAGACCAAAAGCAUCACGAAAAUUCAUACCACCCACCAACCAUUGAACAACAAAAUCUAAGCAAAAAUAAUGAAAAUUUCCCAAUGUCGGCUUUUCUUGUACCAAUCUCAAGAGAAAAUUCAAUGGAGAAUCUCACACUAGGAACGAAAAAUCCAACCAAUCUCACCCGUCCAAUUCCAAAUCUUCCACCCCCUCCAUCUUCAAAAAUGGCCAAGUUAGACCUAAACAAGAACACCAUCCCUGCAGCUGAGCCUCUCCCUUUAACACUUAACCUAUCCGUAUCACCAGUGCCACCUGAUCAUCGUCCAUCUGCUGCGAUACACGUGUCAGGUUUCCAGACAAUGCAAGCUAGCUUCAGUAGCAGUAGUGGAGAUAGCAUGGCGGCCGGGUCGUGGUGGCUGGUUGGUGUUGGUGGCGACGCCGAUGUUGAAGAAAUCGCAAGGCCGAUCAACGUUCCUGCGAUCUGUGCAGUGAUUCCUUUUUUUCCCCCCUUUGAUGAGGCCGUCGGGGUUGCAGGAAGUUUGUGGUUUACGGCAGUGAGUGUCGUUGCUGUGGUUUUCCUGCUAAGUUGUGUUGGGGAUGAGUUGUUGGUGGUGGUGUUGUGA